AUGAAACAGUCUAAGCGAGCUAGAUUUUUAAAAAGUGCUAGAAAUAAAAAAGCACAAAAAGCGAAAGAUAAUAAAUUGCUUGCUGAUGAAUUUUCGAAUGAUGAAUCAUCAAGCAUUGAAUCUUCUAAUAUUGAAUCUUUAGAUAUUGAAUCUUCAGAUAUUGAAUCUUCAGAUAAUGAAUUUACAGAUAUCGAAUUUUCAAGUAAUGAAUCUUCUAGUGAUGAAAACGAUUGGGUAGAUGAAUUAUUUGAACCUGAAUUACCAGCAAAUGCAUAUACUUUAAUGCUUGAUGCUGCUCAUAAACCAAAUGCAUUUAAAAAAACUUCUCGAAAUGGAUUUUAUAUUGGAAAUGCUAAAUCUACUAUGCGAAAUAAAAGACGAAAUUUGAGAUUAGCUGCACAAGGAUCCCAAAAAAUUACCAAUUAUUUUAGUGUUAAUAAUAAUAAUAAAAGUAACGAAGUAUUUAAUGAAAGUGAUGAAGUAUCUAAUGAAAAUUCUUCUAAAGAAGAAAAUGCCGAAUUUUCCUUAUUAGAUUUGGAGCAAAAAAUUAGAAAUGGGGUACAGGAUAUUCAGUUUCAAUAUACUAUGCAAUAUCUUCGACUUGUAGAAUCAGGAGUUUCUAAAAUACAAGCAAGUAACACAAUUUCAACUUCACUAAACCGUGGACCUUGGACUGCACGCUUAAUACGAUCUUGGGAUGUUGUAGAGUAUCAUCAUAGCUUUUUAGAACGUAUGGCCCAAGAAAGAUUGCAUAUAUUAGUAACACAUGAUAAGUCAGCGUUUUAUGCAAAUGAUGAUCAAAAAGUAUUUUGGGCACCUAUUGAUGAGCAACUAUUAUGUCCAAAAUCAUCUGGUAGUUCUUUAAUGGUUAGUGAGUUUCUUUGUGAUACAAUUGGUCGACUUCAACUAGAUGAUAUUUAUAAACAACAAAAUAAUAGUCUUCUAG